UCGGUUGUUACACGCUAAUAUAAAAUACCAAAAGUUUUAUUUCAAAAUUGUAUCUGAACUUGCUGAUGUAAAAGGAAUGGGAAUGUUAAAAACUAAAAUGAUAUUACUAAAGCUAAUGUUUACUUAUCUUCUUAUUCUUUCUCUACCUUUUCCUAAACUGGUUUCCUGUUUAAAUACAUUUAUAGUUCCUAUACAGGAGGACAUAAUUGGUGAGACGGAUUGGAUUGAGAUGAAACCUGUAUCUGGAGAUUGGGAUUCGGUUAAUCUUGAUCAAUUCUCACUCUGCUACUGGAUGUACAACAAGUUCUAUAACGAGGAACAAAGCACUGUUUGGACAUUUUUAUCCGGACCGGAUGAAGAUGUUCAUAUGUACAGCCUGCAGAUGUACAUAAUGCCAAACAAAACAACAGGACAGGAUGGAAAACAAAUAUCCAUUAUAUCAGAACUCUAUGCAGAUCCAGAAAUCGGAAAAGAAGUGACUUCGUUUGCAAGCUUUGAUUCUCAUCGAACCUGGAAGCAUAUUUGCUGGAUCUACCAGGAUAAAGUUAACAAAGUGUUCCUCAACGGUGAAUUGAAGAAUCAUUAUGAAUCCUUGAAUUCCUUCAAUUUUGUCCGAUUGCAGAAUAAAAGUUUGCCCUAUGCCAUGAUGAUCGGCCAGGAACCAGACAGAUUUAUUUAUAAAUUUGACAGCAAACAAUCCCUCCGAGGAAGGGUAUCAGGGUUUAAUAUGUGGAACUACUCUCUUUCCCAAAAUGAAAUUGAAGAUAUUGCAAGAUGUAAGAUGCUACUAGAAGGAAAUGUUCUUGCAUGGAAUCCGGAUUUUAUUGAAUUUCAUGGAACUGUUUUGAAAAAUAUCACACUAGACAGUCUCUGCAAUUCUAAAAGUACACACCUUCUGAUGACGGAACAAAGUACUUUUGAUGAAGCAAAUCAGUUCUGUAAAGUCCACGGGGGUAUUCUAGCACUUCCGAAUUCCGAGGAAGAGAAUGAGAAACUACAUGGUAUGCUAAUGGAGAACAUAGAUUCAUGUUACCGAAUAUGGAUUGAUUAUUUCGGACACAACACCUCCUUCAGUUUCUUUAAAAAGAAAUCAACUAUAGACACUUGUGCAGUUAUGGGAGAUGACAGUAAAUGGCAAGGAAAACAGGAUAUCUAUUGCCAAUACACCCGACAUUGCUUUAUCUGUGAAUUUGAGAAAGUUCCAAUGAUGACUCUAAAGGGAUUGUGUGAUGUAACAACAUAUUCUUUUAACUACUUCUUUGUAUCAACCUAUCAAUACAUAGGUUAUGUAGGUGGUUCAAUAACUAAACAGAAUGGUACAUGGAUUAUAAAAAAUGUUCCUAAUACAGAGAUGGCUUUUUCCAAUACAAGCGGUGAUCACUUUAUUGGCAGAUCUAACUGGGUUGUUCAAGAUACAUUUUGUGGUUUAGACAAUUCACUCCGACAACUAACUGUAUCUAUUUGUAAAUUGUCUUCCGAGUUCACUUGUAAUUCCGGGCAGUGCAUUCCGUUGACAAAACGUUGUGAUAACCUACAAGAUUGUGAGGAUAACUCGGACGAGGACGAUUGUACAAUAAUUACUCCUAUUGAGGGAUAUAAUCUCCUUGAACCACCCCAGCUCGUUAACAGUCUAAGCAAUCUAUUCACAACUGUUGAAAUUGUACAGUUUGAUGAAAUUGACAACAUGCAGUCAAAGUUGACAUUGACGUUGGAUAUAACAAUUUCUUGGACGGAACCGAGAAUCAUUGCUAAAUAUUUGCCGGAAUAUAACAACACUAGUACAAUCUAUACAGAAAUUUCAGAUCAAUCUAAAUCCCUGAUAUGGCUGCCCCUAGAAAUCAUGUUUGAAAACGGUAUUGUCGGAACUACUGUUACUGAUGACUUUUUUACUCUGAAAGCAACGACAACAGCUGCCAAGGAAAUCCUUACUAUUUCUGAUUCUAUGGAAGAAAUCAAGUUCCCAGGGGAAAACGUGAUCCUAACUACAUCUAAAAGAUACCAGGUUCAGUUCCACUGCAAUAUGAAUAUAUUCAAUUUUCCGUUUGAUAAACAAAGAUGUAAUGUGUCUAUAAUGCACAGUGUAGGAAGAAAAGGAACACUAAGACUAGCACCAGGUUCUGAUGCUGCAGUCAUUUACUUGGGACCAAAGGAGCUGACAGAGUUCAGGGUUGGACAACUCAGCUGGAAUGUGGAAGUGGAAGGAAAGAAGUCAUUAUUUAUAUUCACGAUUGAACUGGACCGACUUUACUCUCAGCUUAUCUUAUCCAUCUUCUUCCAGACCUUUAUCCUCUGGUUUCUAGCUUAUCUUACACUAUUCAUCAAGGUUGAGUUGUUUAAUGAACGAGUGAUGGGUGCAAUGACAGCUCUUCUUGUCCUGGUUUCACUACUUGCAACAAUUAAGACCAGUGUUCCAACUACUUCUGGUCUUAUUAUGAUAGAUAUAUGGUUUCUAUUCUUCAUCACAAGUGUGUUUUUUCUCAUCAUUUUUGAAGUUGUGCUGGAGAAUCAAAAGGAAAAGGGACUGAAGAAAGCGCGGCAUCUGAACCAGAAAGGAAAAGUGAUAUUCCUGUUCACAACUCUUGCAUUUUUGAUGGUUUACUUUCUCAUAACCUACCAACUUAAUCAGAUGAAUCCGUAAGAGACAACGCGCAAAUGAGACCAUAGGUCAAAACUUUUAAUUAAGAAAGCUAGAGCUAAUCUACAGCGUAUAUGAACUCCAAUCAAACGGAAACUAUUAAUUUAAAGCGACAAUUCCGUAAAAAAAGAAAUAUGGCAGCUCUGGAAGCUUCUGAAGGCUCAAUCAUCAAAGAUGACUCAAAAAAUGUACUUGACCUAUUCGCUUGUAAACAUAUGCUGAAAUUCGUUGUUUUUAUCAUCUGCUUUCCGACCCAAAUUCGUUGUUUUUAUCAUCUGCUUUCUGACCCAAAUUCGUUGUUUUUAUCAUCGGUUUUCUGACCCAAAUUCGUUGUUUUUAUCAUCUGCUUUCCGACCCAAAUUCGUUGUUUU